GUAGCAGCAAGGUGGCCCUGGCAGGGGAGGGGUUGAUUUCGAGAUAGGGCACCGGGCGGAGAAUGUCUCUCUCUCCUUUUUCAACUUUGUGUCUGUGGCUUUGCACCCCAGGAGGAGGCCACUCGCCGGUUGUGGGGUGUAGGUGUUGCCGGGAGUAAUUUCUUAGUAGUUGAGUUGUUGAGAUGAGGGUAAGAAACUGCUAAUGGUAGGCAGGUUUUGUUUUCAUUGGUGAAUUCGGUGUCAUCAUAUUCCGGUCAUAUGUUGAAAUAUUCUUUGUUUAGGUCUUGAAGUAGAGGAUCUCACUUUGCACGUCCACAUUGUGUUGUUUUUGAAUGAUGUCUCUAGGAGGAUGGAUUUGUAGAAUUUCAAAUGUGACUUAAGGUCUGGGCCUCAAGCACUGGCCUUGACAGUGAACUUUGUGGCUGUGUUUCAGAUUUCAAAGAUUUGCCCCGUAACUGGGGUGCGAGCUGUGUGCAUUUUUCUUAAUGCCUUGUAGGAAACUGUUGCUACAUUUUUACUGGAAAUACUAUUAUUCUUUUUAAUUUCGGGUCUUGCUACUUACCGAAGCUGUACUUAGCUUCAGCUAAGGAACAGGAUUAACACCUUAAAGCUCCAGGAAGACUUUCAGGGACUAGAGAGCUGAAGGAGAGCCAGUUUCCCCAAAAUUGGACUUCUCAGAACCUUUAAUAUGCUAAUGUGCAUUGUGAAUCUCCAAGAGGGGGAUAUGAUAUGCAGCAUUCUUGAAUACUUCUAAUGACAGGGAGCCCACUACCUCAUAAGGCAAGAUGCCGUUGGGUGUCCCAGUGGUUUGAUGUGUGCAGUUUUGAAGACUGUGAACUUUGACAUGCUGUGCUGCAGCGACAAGAGGAGCUUGUCAUUUUAAACAGAGGCUGAAGAAACUAUAGAAUUAGCAGGCAAGAGAGAGUGGAGAAGGUAGAGGAUGGAGUUGCAGACUCUCCAGGAGGCUCUUAAAGUGGAAAUUCAGGUUCACCAGAAACUGGUUGCUCAAAUGAAGCAGGAUCCGCAGAUAUUUUUUCUUUCCAAUCAGAAUGCUGACUUAAAGAAACAGCUUCAUGAACUCCAAGCCAAAAUCACAGCUUUGAGUGAGAAACAGAAAAGAGUAGUUGAGCAGCUACGGAAGAACCUGAUAGUAAAGCAAGAGCAACCAGACAAGUUCCAAAUCCAGCCAUUGCCACAACCUGAAAACAAACUACAAACAGCACAGCAGCAGCCACUACUGCAGCAGCAGCACCACCACCACGCCCCGCAGCCAGCCGCACCCUCUCCCAGCCUGACUGCUGCACAGAAGACUGUGACUACAGCUUCUAUGAUUACCACAAAGACACUACCUCUCGUCUUGAAAGCAGCAACUGCGACCAUGCCUGCCUCUGUCGUGGGCCAGAGACCUACCAUUGCUAUGGUGACCGCCAUCAACAGUCAGAAGGCUGUGCUGAGCACUGAUGUGCAGAAUACACCAGUCAACCUCCAGACGUCUAAUAAGGUCACUGGGCCUGGGGCAGAGGCUGUCCAAAUUGUGGCAAAAAACACAGUCACUCUGCAGGUUCAGGCAACACCUCCUCAGCCCAUCAAAGUACCACAGUUUAUCCCUCCUCCUAGACUUACUCCACGUCCCAACUUUCUUCCACAGGUUCGACCCAAGCCUGUGGCCCAGAAUAACAUUCCUAUCGCCCCAGCACCUCCUCCCAUGCUUGCAGCUCCUCAGCUUAUCCAGAGGCCUGUCAUGCUGACCAAGUUUACCCCCACAACCCUCCCCACAUCCCAGAAUUCCAUCCACCCUGUCCGUGUCGUCAAUGGGCAGACUGCAACCAUAGCCAAAACGUUUCCCAUGGCCCAGCUCACCAGCAUUGUGAUAGCUACUCCAGGGACCAGACUCGCUGGACCUCAAACUGUACAGCUUAGCAAGCCAAGCCUUGAAAAACAGACAGUUAAAUCCCACACAGAAACAGAUGAGAAACAAACAGAGAGCCGUACCAUCACCCCACCUGCUGCACCUAAGCCAAAACGGGAAGAGAACCCUCAGAAACUUGCCUUCAUGGUGUCUCUAGGGUUGGUAACGCAUGACCAUCUAGAAGAAAUCCAAAGCAAGAGACAAGAGCGAAAAAGAAGAACAACAGCAAAUCCAGUGUACAGUGGCGCAGUCUUUGAGCCAGAGCGUAAGAAGAGUGCAGUCACAUACCUAAACAGCACAAUGCAUCCUGGGACCCGGAAGAGAGGUCGUCCUCCAAAAUACAAUGCAGUGCUGGGGUUUGGAGCCCUUACCCCAACAUCCCCCCCAUCCAGUCAUCCCGACUCCCCUGAAAAUGAAAAGACAGAGACCUCAUUCACUUUCCCUGCACCUGUGCAGCCUGUGUCCCUGCCCAGCCCCACCUCCACAGACGGUGAUAUCCAUGAAGAUUUUUGCAGCGUUUGCAGAAAAAGUGGCCAGUUGCUGAUGUGCGACACAUGUUCCCGUGUGUAUCAUCUGGACUGCUUAGACCCACCUCUAAAAACGAUCCCCAAGGGCAUGUGGAUCUGUCCCAGAUGUCAGGACCAGAUGCUGAAGAAAGAAGAAGCAAUUCCAUGGCCUGGGACUUUAGCAAUUGUCCAUUCCUAUAUUGCAUACAAAGCAGCAAAAGAAGAAGAGAAACAGAAAUUACUUAAAUGGAGUUCAGAUUUAAAACAGGAACGAGAACAAUUAGAGCAGAAGGUGAAACAACUCAGCAAUUCUAUAAGUAAAUGCAUGGAAAUGAAGAACACCAUCCUCGCCCGGCAGAAGGAGAUGCACAGCUCCUUGGAGAAGGUAAAACAGCUGAUUCGCCUCAUCCACGGGAUCGACCUCUCCAAACCUGUAGACUCUGAGGCCACUGUGGGGGCCAUCUCCAAUGGCCCGGACUGCACCCCCCCUGCCAAUGUCGCCUCCUCCACGCCGGCCCCUUCCCCCUCCUCCCAGAGCUGCACAGCGAACUGUAACCAGGGGGAAGAGACUAAAUAACAGAGCCCUCAAGGAGAAGCCACGGGAUCCCGGCGGCAAGGAGACAAAACACUGAAGACUCUAGCAAAGCAAAGCCGGAUUUCUUCUGGAAAGUACAGAAUUCUUUUGGUUCUUUGGUUCCAGAGAGAGAGAAGAUGCUUGUGCCAGGUGGCACCCGAGUUUGCCAAUUGAUCCUUCUUAUUCUGUGUGUACAGGCAAAGAUUGGACCGUGUUACAUGAAAUAGUGCCAGCUGGAGGUUCUUUGCCAGCGCCAUGCCAAGUGAACUAAUAUAUUUACUCUCUCUAUUAUACACCAGUGUGUGCCUGCAGCAGCCUCCACAGCCACGAUGGGUUUGUUUUUGUUUUGUUGGGUGGGGAGCAGGGACGGGUGGAGGGAGGAAAGCAGGUUUCAGAUCCUUAUUUGCCGAGCCGUUUGUUUAGGUAGAGAAGACAAGUCCAAAGAGCGUGUGGGCUUUCCUGUUUCUAAACUCUCACUACUAUAAAACCAAAAAAGGAAAUCGAGAUUUAACCAACCCUAGUGCCCAGAAAAGGGAAGGGGAGGGCUGGGAGGGAGCAAGGGGUGGGAAGGUUUAUCACAUAAGCAGUAUUUACUAUUGUCUGGGGGGUGGGGGACUAGUGCAAGGAGAGAUGGACACCAAGAGCAGCCACUAGGUUCUUCUCCCCAGCUCGCUCCUGCCGCGGGUGCCCGCUUCCCUCCCGCAGCCUCAGGCAGUCCUUUCCCCUUCUUGAUGCAUCGCUCAUCUGCGGUGGUCCCCUAGUCCCUCCCUCUUGGAGAACAAGGCAAGCUGGACCCUGCUGGCCUUGCAGAGGCAGGGAAGAGGGGGUGUGUGUGGUCCAGGAAGGAAAAAGGUAGAUUGGUGAUUCUACUUGAAAAGAAGCUCCAUCCCUUUCCUAUAUUUAUAAGAAGAGAAGGUUCUGAGCGAAGCAGUGCGACCCAGGUGUGUGUGAACUGAAUGGAGAAGUCUCCUUUUCUUUUUUUAAUUUCAUUUUGUUCUUUUCUUUAAACAAAGUUUUAUUUUGUUGUUUAUUUUACAUUUUGGUAACAAAAACUAAAAUAAGGAAUAGAAAAGCUGUUUUUCAGGCUGACAGUCCAAUUAAGGGUAGUGAGACCUUGCAUGGUAGAAUAGGAGUCAUAGUGUCAGUGAGGUCCAGUGAGUCUUUGUGAGUCCUUGUGUCAUCGUUUGGGCACUGUUUUUUUAUGCAAGGGCAAAAAAAAAAAAAUCUUUGUAUCUGGGGAAAAAAACAACAACUUUUUUUUAAAUUAAAAAAAAAUAAAAGAUAUUGAGGUCUUCCUAGUGUUACUUAAAUUAAGAUCAAGGUAAGAAACAUUGUAAAAAAAAAAUUACGAAAGUGCUAUUUGUUUCCUAAAAACAGUGAUUUCUAUUAAAAAGGUGUCAGAACUGGAGAAAA